GUUAAUUUUGAUAUUACCAAACAUUAGAACUUACUAGUAGAAUCAAAGAUGGAGUCCCAGGCACAGUGGAACCCUCUUCUAUCAUUUUCAACGUUUAUCAAUCACCACCGUAACCACCUCGCAACUCGUUUCGAAGACACCAAACGCCUCGCCGGAACCCUAAUUCAGUCUCACACUCGCACCAAACCCGCCUUCGCCGCUACUUUAACUUCCAACCACGUCGCCAAGUCCCUCGCCGGCACCUCCGUUUACACCGUCAGCAAUUCCGACAAUGAGUUCGUUCUUAUGUCUGAUGCCGAAGGUGCUAAGUCCAUUGGAUUGCUUUGCUUUCGCAAAGAAGACGCUGAAGCUUUCCUUGCCCAGGUUCGAUCGCAGAAGAAAGAAUUUCGAGGCAAGGCUAAGGUCGUUCCUAUAACACUUGACCAGGUAUACAUGUUGAAAGUUGAAGGUAUUGCAUUCCGAUUUUUACCCGAUCCUGUUCAAAUAAAGAAUGCACUUGAGCUCAGAGCAGCCAACAAGGGAGGUUUUGACGGAGUUCCUGUUUUUCAGUCAGACCUUUUGGUGGUGAAAAAGAAGAACAAGCGUUAUUGCCCUGUAUAUUUUACUAAGGAAGAUAUUGAACAGGAACUAUCUAAGGUUUCCAAGUCAUCUAAAGGUGUUGGAGUUUCUCAACAUAUAAUGGUUGGUAGCUUUGAAGAUGUACUGAAAAAAAUCGAGUUGAGUGAAAAGAGUUCAGGGUGGGAGGAUUUGGUUUUUAUUCCCCCAGGAAAAAAGCACUCUCAACAUAUACAAGAAAUUAUUGCUUAAUUAUCUGGGCACCAAGAGCUAAGCAUAGUUUUUUAUGGUUUCCUUGAGCAAAUUAGACGUAUUCCUAUCAAUUAUAGUCAGCUGGUGAGAUGUCAGGACCUCUGCCUUCCAGUAAUUUGUUUUCUUUUCUUCUUAAUAUCAAUUCCUUCUCAUGCAGAUUCUGCUUAAGGAUUCUCUAUAUAAGGUAUGUCUAUAGGUGAGAGGGCAUAGGUAUAUCUGCCAAUGUCCAUUUAAGGUAAAGGUCCCAUGGAUUCACCAUUGUUGAGUAUGUUAAAUCCUAAUUGUAUGGGAAUUUUCCAAAUACAUGUACAGUUUUUUCAUUUUAACCGACAGCUGUAACUCUAUUGCUUAAAUUCUACCUUUCCAUGAGUUAAGGGAGAGGUCUUUGGAUAUGGGUUUGGAAAUCAAGUUUAAUUAGUCUGCAGGUUUUUAACUA